CGUCAGUCUUGAAUAAACGUUUGCAGAGUGCACGUGUCUUUGAUUUAUCAGUGGCGACGAGGAUAAAAAAUUCACAUAAAUUUGAAAAUUAAUUAAACUGUGUUGAGAAAUUAUAAUGAUUGGUCAAAUUAGUGCAUUUGACGUUAAAAACGGCAAUUGGUCGGCAUAUGUUGAACGGGUGGAGAUGUAUUUUGUGGCAAAUAGAAUAGAAGAUGGCGUCAAAUUACCCACGCUUAUAGCGGUAAUGGGGGAAGAUAGCUACGACUUGCUAUCUACGUUGGCCAGUCCGAAGAAACCUUCGAGUCUAACUUUCAAAGAAGUUGUGAAUUUAAUGGAAACGCAUUUGCAGCCGAAACCUUCAAUAUUAGCGGAGCGUUACAGAUUUCGUCAAAGAAGGCAGCAAGAAAACGAAUCGAUUGCCGACUACGUGGCGGACUUAAAAAAAUUAUCACGGUUUUGUGAUUUCUCAACAACACUAGAAGAUAAUAUUAGAGAUCAAUUUGUGUACGGGCUUAAAAGUGAAUCAACAAGACAGAGGCUGUUUGCCGAGGAGAAUCUUUGUUAUAAAAAAGCCGUGUCGCUCGCGAUAAACCUUGAGGCGGCGGAACGUGACGCGGGCGUUGUGGAUCGUUCACUCAUUGUGGAGCAAGUAAAUAAAAUGCAAAUACGUGAGUGUAAAGCAUGUGGGGACACAAAUCAUCGCUGGGAAGAUUGUGUCUACAAAAAUUUUGUGUGCAGCCUCUGCAAAACGACAGGCCAUCUCCGUCGUAUGUGUACGGGACGAGAGAAGACUGGGGCACGCGGUGAGGGCGUGAUGAACAGCUACGGGUACAGUGGCAGAUCGCGCGGGUGGCGCGGGAAGCGUGGCGGUCGAUCACGUGGCGCCGGGCGCGGGGCCGGACAAGGAGCCCCCGCCGACACCUACUGGCUGCAGGGAGCCGCCGGAUGCGAGGCUGGACCGGUGGCCAAAGCGGCGCCGGCGAGCGAGGUGCGCCAGCAAGAGGAAGUAGACUACACGGAUGAGGAGCCGAUCUAUCAGAUGUCCUUAGCUAAGUACAAACCGCCGACGGUUACAAAGAAAGAAGCACCUCCUCGGCCCCCUCCGCCCACGCCCUCAGUCAGUACACUACCAUACCCCGCCCAGCCUCAGGGCAUGCCGCUCCCGUAUGGUGCUCCAGCUGCGCCGUACCCAGUGUACGCCCCCAUGCCGGCCAUGUACAACCCGUACGCUACGCUACCCUACCCCCAUCACAUGAGAGCUGCGCCACCACCACAGCAGUACCAGCCCUACCAGUACCCGCCCUACCAGUACCCGCCACCACCUGGCUACCCGCACGCGCCAUCUGCCGGAUACAACCCCUACCCACAGUAAUCGCGACUGAUACUUUCAAUUUAUAUAGAAUAUUGAGUUAAAAAUGUUAAAUUUUAUUGUGUUGACUCGCUCACAAAUGUUUUGAAUCAAUUAAAAUUAUUUUAAGAAAUUACUAGAAUUAGGUGUGUUUAAUCUGUGGUAGGUGCUACAACUGUUGAACAGUUUGAGCUUUUUCUAAUACAGGACUCAAUGCCUAGGUAAUAAAUAGGCUUUGGCAUAAUAUGUAUGUUAUUCUUAUUUACAAAAUAAUGAAAAAUAACUUAAACAAUUCUGUUAGUGGGUAGCCCAUCACCUAAACAUGGGAUUGUACAGGUGCUCUAAUAAUGGCAAGUUCUAUUUUUACAUCUUGUCUGUGGAAAAUAUGGAGCAGACAUCUUACAGGUUACUGAAAAAUUAACUUUUUUUUUGUCUCAAUGUGAGUCUUAAUAUGACCCAAGUAAUGGUUCAGGCUCAAUUUUAUCUGGUAUUAGUAACAUUUAUAUUCUGUACCUAACAUGAAUUAUUUUAAUAAAAGCAAAUAAUUAAUUAAAAAAUGGUUAAUUUAUAAAUAAUUAUUAUAUAAUAAAUUAUAUUUUAUAUUCUUA